AUCUGCUCCUAUCAUUUAUAUUCUAUCGCUUGUGCGGAUGUGUCUUGUGUUACUUUUACUUACUACUAAUAUUUUAAACACAUGUAGUUAGCUGGGAUUUUAAAGUAGAGACUCAAUUAUCCUAGCUUUACAUUAACACAUUCUUAAUCAAAUUUAUAAGCUAUGUGGAAGUGUGCGUGUAUUUUACUGUUACGUUUGUGUGCGGUGGAGUCAAGAUUUUUCGCGAAUGAAACAGAGUUGGGAACGAUACAGGGUAUGGAGGCUGAUGAUGGAGACUAUGUGAUGUUCCUCGGAAUACCUUAUGCUAAGGUUAAUGCCACCAACCCAUUUGGUUCUUCGAUACCCUAUCCAAAAUACGACAAUGUCUUCAAAGCUUUCGACGGAACCGUAGUCUGUCCACAGAUUGAUGAAUUCAGUAACAUGUACACCGGGACACUAGACUGUCUUCGUCUCAACGUCUACGUACCAAACACAGGGAGUCAGAACAAGGCAGUCGUAAUUUACAUUCACGGGGGCGCCUUUCGACAAGGAAACGGAGGGAAAUAUAUACUCGGCCCAGAGUACCUAGUACGGCACGAUGUGAUAGUGGUGACGUUUAAUUACCGACUCGGCCCUUACGGUUUUCUGUGCACGAACUGGCCUGAAUUACCAGGAAAUCAGGGCAUAAAGGAUCAGUACAUAGCAAUGCAAUGGGUGAAGAAUAAUAUCCACGCAUUCGGUGGAAGCCCCGAGCGUAUUACACUGAUGGGUCACAGUGCCGGUAGCAUGUGCGUAGACAUGCAUCUGCUAGCGAAGCGGCCACGACUGUAUCAGCAGGCUAUUCUCCAAAGUGGAGCUGCUACGGCCCCUGGUCAGCUGAUGUACCCCGAUGACGCGCCGACGCUGGAGAUAGCUCGAUCUCUCGGACUUAACGCUACCGAUGUGUCUAAGGCCGUAGCUUUAUUAGCAAGCACCGACCCUAAAUCAGUCAUCUCCGCUUCGGAAUCCUACGAGUAUAAAUUUUGUGUUGAAAAAGAGCACAAAAAUGUUUUCGGCUACAUCACUGAACAUCCCGAAAAAUCUAAAGCUUCUAAUGUCGAUGGCUUGAAUAUUUUGAGCGGAGUCACCGAUAACGAAUUUUUAUUUGCAUUAUACGGAAGCGCAGGCAUAGAUAAAUUUAAUAAUUCGAACAUAUUUCGCCAGAAUUUGGAAUACGUGUUCGAUCUUGAAAACAUUGAAGAAAUGGCCAUUAUAGUUCAACAUUUUUAUCUUGGAGAUGGUCAAAACGAUUUUACAAACAGAUACAAGGUAGUUGACUAUCUCUCGGAUAGUUUGUUUUUAUAUCCCAUGCAGAGAGCAUUAAAUAAGUACAGCCAACAUAAAAAUACUACCGUUUACUUUUAUGUGUUUUCAUACGAUGGCAACAGAAACUUCUUCAAGAGCAUGUACAAUGUAACUGAGAGCGGUGCCGCGCAUGCCGACGAACUCGGCUACCUGUUUCAUGGCAAAAUUAUGAAAACAAUACCGACGGCUCAAGACGUAACCAUGGUCGACAAAAUAUCAAAGCUAUGGACGAACUUCAUUAAAUACGGAAACCCGACGCCUGAAACAAAUGCACUAAUACCAGUGAUAUGGCCACCAAUGGUCGGCACAAACGGUAUUUUGAGGGGCCUACAAAUCGACAAGCAUCUACAGGUCAUAUCGCGACCUUUUCAUUCUCGAAUGGCAUUUUGGGAAUUGUUAUACAACACCCACGAGGGCAGACUUAAAACCGCAUUAUCUACGAACUCAUCAACAAGCAAUAAAACUUAUAAUAGCUUUUUUUACAUCGUUUUAAAUGUUAUAUACAUCGUGUAUUAUAUUUUUACAUAGUACCUACUUAACUAACUACGAGAUAAAUCGGUUGUAGUAUUUUAUAAUUUAUAAAUUG